UGGACGGGCGCGGGCACGGGCAUGGAUACAUGAUGAUUAUGACAGCUUGCUAACAAGUUGGAUUUGCUAUCAAACCGAUUCGAAGCUGGGCCCGUUCAGUCUCAUACAUAAGAAGCUAUCAUAUCGCAGCACAACAGCAGGAAGAACGAUGAAUCUAGAUCUGAAAGUCAAACAGACAUCGGUUUUGCAGAAAUCAAGAUGCAGAACCCUGCCAUUACCAAGUCCGCCUUGGACAAUCAUUAUACACCUAGCACCGAAGAGGAUAUCGAGCUCGACAGCUCAAGUCUGACAGAGAAUCCUUCCGGGAUCAAGUCAUCAUGGCCGAUGGAAGAAGAUGUCCUCCAGAUAAAACAAGAAUAUGAGGCUGCAGGCUACCCUGCCAAACGUCUCGGAGUGACAUGGAACAACCUCACUGUGAAGGGAAAAGCCAGCUCGACCGUCCUGCACGAUACCGUUCUCUCCCUAUUUAACAUUCCGGAGAAGAUUAAGAUGGGCCGACGACCCGUGCGGGAUCAAGUGAUUCUUGACGACUGUUUCGGUUGUGUCCGACCAGGACAAGUCUUGCUCGUCUUGGGACGUCCAGGAGCGGGAUGUACUACUCUGCUCAAGAUGAUCGCCAAUGAUCGAAAGGGCUACUCCUCCAUCGAUGGGGACAUGUGGUACGGCAACAUGGACCACGAGAAGGCGGAAGAUUUCCGCGGGGAGAUCGUCAUGAAUGGAGAAGAGGAAAUUUUCUAUCCUCAUAUGACCGUUGGCCAAACCAUCGAGUUUGCGACUUCACUCAAAACUCCAGCACACGCCAUGAAGGACAAACAAAGCCGUAUCGAACAUCGAGAAAAGACGAUGGACUUUUUGUUGAGGAGCAUGGGCAUCUCGCACACCAGGGAUACAGCAGUCGGGAACGAAUACGUUCGAGGUGUGAGCGGUGGUGAACGCAAGAGGCUUUCCAUCAUCGAGACCCUUGCUACGCGUGCAGCUGUCGUCUGUUGGGACAACAGUACUCGAGGUCUAGACGCUUCGACCGCCUUGAACUGGGCGCAAGCAGUUCGAACCAUCACCGACGUGCUAGGCCUGGCUUCCAUCAUGACUCUGUAUCAAGCCGGUAAUGGGAUCUACGAUUUGGUCGACGACGUCAUGGUCCUUCACAAGGGGUUGACAAUCUACUAUGGUCCUCGAGCAGAGGCUAGAGGAUUCUUCGAGGAGCUUGGGUUCGAGCAUACCGCCGGAGCGAACAUCGCCGACAUGCUUACGGGAGUGACCGUGCCGACCGAAAGGAAGAUCGCUCCUGGCUAUGAGCAUACCUUUCCCCGGACCGCCCAAGAUAUCAGGAAGGCUUAUCUUGACCACGAAAUUUAUCGGACCAUGCGCAGCAAGCAGGAUUAUCCCCAGUCGGAAACGGCGGCUCAGAACACAGUUGCUUUCGUCGACGCUGUCAAGCUUGCUCAGGAUAAGAACCUGCCCAAGCACUCUGUCCUCACUGUUGGUCUGCUGGAUCAGGUCAUGAUCCUCGCUCGAAGGCAAUUCCGACAAAUCUGGGGCGACAAACUUUUCCUCUAUAUCCGUCAAGGCAACACGAUCAUUCAAGCCUUGAUCAUGGGCUCUCUCUUCUUCCAGGUCGAUGACAACAGUUCCGGUCUCUUCAUCAGGGGAGGCGCCAUCUUCUUCAGUACGGUCUAUCAUACUCUAUUCGCGCUGCAGGAGGUCGAGGCAAGCUUCCUCGGCAGAGCAGUGCUGGCGAAACAGAAAGGCUUCGCCCUCUUCCAUCCCGUUACAUACGUGGCAGCGCAGGUUUUCGGCGAUCUCCCAGUCAUUCUGGUACAGGUGACGCUAUUCUCAGUCAUCCUCUAUUUCAUGACCGGGUUGCUACUCGAUGCCGGAGCCUUCUUCACCUAUUGGGCGAUCGUUUUCGCCACGACGAUGUGUGCGACUGCCUUGUUCCGUAUGAUCGGGACGAGCUUUUCUACAUUCAACAAUGCUUCAAAGGUUGGCGGAUUGACGAUCAUGGUCUUGUUCACUUACAGCGGAUACAUCAUCUACCGACCUUCGAUGCAUCCCUGGUUCGAAUGGUUGAUUUACAUCGAUCCGCUCUUCUAUGCCGUAGAGGCCAUGAUGGCGAACGAGCUCGAGGGUAGAAACUUUGCUUGUCAAGGUUACAAUUUGGUACCUUUUGGACCGGAAUACGCCGGUCAACCGGCUGGUUGUUCGGGUGUUCCGGGAUCGAUCGGGGCUACAGUCGAAGGGACCAACUACCUGUCAUACCUCAGCUUCAAGCACAAGCACAUCUGGCGAAACUUUGGAGUUAUCUGGGCAUAUUGGUUCCUGUUCGUCUUGAUCACGGCGCUGUUGAUGACCUAUAGUGUCUCAAACGAUUCGGGCGGUUCCAAGAUAGAAUUCGCACGAAACCAGGCGACCCUGGCUGCUAUUGCGCAGACGGAUGACAACAAUGACCCGGAGAAACAGCUGGACAGCAAGGAGACUGUCGCCCCGAAGGAAGAAGCAAACCACAACAAAGAGGAUUCGAAACUGAUCAAGAAUACUUCCGUGUUCACGUGGGAGAACCUGACUUACACCGUCAAGACGGCCGAUGGGGACCGAGUCUUGCUCGAUAAUGUCAACGGUUUCGUCAAACCUGGAACUCUGGGCGCCUUGAUGGGAAGUUCCGGCGCGGGGAAGACCACCUUGCUCGAUGUCCUCGCUCAACGCAAGACGGAAGGAGAGAUCAGCGGAAAGAUUCACGUCGACGGCCGUACCCUACCUCUCGCUUUCCAACGUUCCGCUGGAUAUUGUGAACAACUCGAUGUACACGAACCUCUGGCGACCGUCAGGGAGGCACUCGAGUUCUCUGCCGUUCUGCGACAGUCCCGGGAGAUUCCCAAGGCGGAAAAGCUGGCUUAUGUCGAUACGGUUAUUGACCUGCUCGAGAUGAGGGACAUCGAACACGCGCUAGUGGGGACCACCGGGAAUGGGUUGAGCGUCGAACAGCGCAAGAGGCUUACCAUCGGUGUCGAGCUCGUCGCGAAGCCCUCUAUCUUGUUGUUCCUGGACGAACCCACUUCUGGUCUGGAUUCACAAUCCGCCUUUUCGAUCGUCAAGUUCUUGCGUAAACUAGCCGAUGCGGGUCAAGCCAUUCUCGUUACCAUCCACCAGCCGAGUGCCUCGCUCUUCUACGAGUUUGACAACCUGCUCCUUCUCGCUCGAGGAGGCAAGACGGUCUACAACGGUCCUAUCGGUCACCAAGCCUCUGCCGUCAAAGAUUACUUCGAACGUUCCGGCGCGCCUUGUCCGCCCGGACGUAACCCCGCUGAACACAUGAUCGACGUCGUCUCUGGCGAACUGUCGAGGAAAGACGAUUGGUCUCAGAUCUGGCUCAAUUCUCCGGAACACGCUGCGGUUCAGGAAGAACUCCAAGCGAUCGAACAGGAUGCUUUGAGUCGGCCUGUCGCUUACGACGAACAGGCCGAGGAGUUCGCAGCGAGCUUGUGGGAACAGUGCAAGGUCGUCAACAAGCGGAACAGUAUUUCCCUCUUCCGGGACACCGAAUACGUCACCAACAAGGCGGCCUUGCACAUCUUUGCCGCGCUCUUCAACGGGUUCUCUUAUUGGAUGCUCGGAGAGGGAACCAUCGACCUACAGAACAAGGUCUUUACGGUGUUCAGUUUCAUCUUCGUCGCCCCUGGAGUCAUUGCGCAGGUCCAACCGCUUUUCAUCGGCCGAAGGGAUAUCUUUGAAGCGAGAGAAAAGAAGGCCAAGAUUUACAAUUGGAAAUCGUUCACCUUUGGGCUUAUCGUCUCCGAGUUCCCUUACUUGGUGGUCUGCGCGGUACUCUACUUCUGCUCUUGGUACUUUACCGUCGGAUUUACGAGCAAAGCUUCGAGGGCUGGACCGGUCUUCCUCGAGGUACUGCUGUACGAGUUCAUCUACACCGGUAUCGGACAAUUCAUUGCCAGUUACGCUCCGACCGCCACGAUCGCGUCCGCUUUCACGCCCUUGAUCAUCGGGACUCUCCUGUCCUUCUGCGGUGUUUUCGUUCCCUAUGCCGCAAUCACGGAGUUCUGGAGGUACUGGCUCUAUUAUUUGGACGUCUUCACGUACAUCAUGGGUUCGAUCCUGUGGUUUGUCCUCUGGGACCAGCCCGUCAACUGCCGACCGGACGAGUUGACCAACUUUGACCCGCCCUCGGGUCAGACUUGUGGAGCCUACUUGGAGACCUUCUUGACCCAGUACAACCCCGGUGCCAACCUCCUCAACCCGGAAUCGACCAGCGGAUGUCAAGUGUGUUCGUACAGGAGUGGAACGGAUUACUUGAGGACGAUCAACAUCACCGAGGUGACGACCGGGUGGAGGAAUGUCGGGAUCACCGGGAUCUUUGUGGUCAGCAGUUACGCGAUCGUGUUUUUGAUGAUGAAGCUGCGAACCAAAGCGACGAAGAAGGCCGAUUAA